AUGUCGCCCACCGCCGGGCUUGGGCUGUCUGCUUUCACUAGCUCAAGUUCACUAGCCUCAGGAUGCUGCAUCAAGCGCGCUCUGUUUAACGAGUUUCAUAGCUCAGCGACUUCGCAUCACGGGCUGAAGAGCACAUCGUCUAGAGGCAAACGGAAUGGUCCAACCGUGCGUACGGGACUCGCUAAGACUCUCAAACCCCGCUCCAAGGCGACCCCAUUCGAGUAUGCCAGCGUCCCAAGGCGCCCACGCCUGAGCAAACCUGCCGCGUCCGCCCACAAAGGCGUAGCGGCGCCGGACCUACACCCCCGUCUCCGCCUCGAGCCCCCGUCCGACUCCUCUUCCGCGAAUACAUCAAGGGCUGCCAAGAUCUACAACCCGCUCGGCGACGAGUUCGCGCUCACGACGCAGGCCGAGUCCGUCGACGCGCUCCCCCAACGGUUCACCUCCCCGCCCUUGAACGAAGGAUUGCUCACAUGCGUGCACGAAAUCCUUGGGCCAAACGCACGGCCGACGCCCAUUCAAGCGCUGGCGCUCAAGCACCUCCUGCCGCCAGCCGAAGAAUCUGCACCGACUCCAACGUGGAACGAAUACCUCCUCGCCUCCGAAACCGGCUCGGGCAAGUCGCUCGCCUACCUCCUUCCGAUGCUGCAUGCCCUCAAGGCGAGCGAGGGCGCCCCUGUGCGCCGUUCCAAGUAUGCAACCGCUCCACGCGCGCUCGUCCUCGCCCCUACGCACGAGCUUGCGCGCCAGCUAGCGACUUCCGCCAAGUCGCUCCUCCACGUCGCUAAGCUCCGCGUUCUCUGCGCCUCCCGCGCAAACGUGCCUAGUGCUUCAAAAUCCCCCGCGCGUCCACUCUCCGCGUCGAAAAUGGCCCGAGCCGGCGGCGCGUUCUUCCGCCCUCCGUCAUCGGGGGAGGAGGGCGGAGAUGUGGGCGAGAUAGACAUUCGCCCUGGGAUGGGUGGAACGCCGCGUCCGAUAGAUGUGCUCGUUGGCACGCCGAUGAAGAUUCUCGAAAUGGCUAAGGGACACGGCUGGGAUCGCGGUCUGGACGUGCGUCGCGCCGGCGACCCCAAGCGCGAAGUCCCGCCGGGUUGGGUCGUCCGUCGCCCGGAAAUGGGCCUUGAAAACGUUGAGUGGGUUGUCAUCGACGAGGCCGAUGUUCUCUUCGACUCCGACUUUCAAAAGGCGACGCGUCUGCUCCUCGCCGACAUCAGCGGCGCUCGCGGUCAUCCCGUGCCCCUCUCCCCCGACUUCAUCCCGAAAUCGGACCCUCGCCAACCCACCACGUCCACGUCAAUCACGUACCCCUUCAACCUCGUCCUCACAACUGCCACCGUCCCUUCCUCCCUCGGUACCUACCUCGAUACGCACCACUCGCGCAUGACCCGCCUCAUCUCUCCCGCACUGCAUAAGCUUCCCUCCAAGCUCGCGGUCGAGCAUGCCGCCUGGACCGGCGGCAAUCGCAACGCCGAUGUCGAGCAGCGCAUCCGGAGCGUCUGGCGGGACGACGCCGUCGCUGGCUUCGACCGGUCCAAGGUCCUCGUCUUCUUCAACAAGGGCACCAAGGUCGAAGAGUGCGCCGCCUUUCUGAACGAGAAGGGCGUCCCGACUGUUGCGCUGACGGGCACGAGCGCCGCACGCUCGCAGGGUUCCAACAGGCACAUCGCAAGCUUCCUUCGGCCGCGCCAGACGUCCUACGUCGCACCCAGUCUCUCCGACGCACCCCCACUUUCCAACCCCCCGGCCGCAGACGCGGCCACGAAAGCCAUCGUGCCCUCCAUCUCCACAUCUCCCUCGACUGACGAGCCCCGGGUGCUGAUCACGACCUCUCUUCUCUCCCGCGGGCUCGACUUCGACCCUUCGGUACGGCAUGUCUUCAUCGCGGACCCGCCGCGGAACAUGAUCGACUUUCUCCACCGCGCUGGCCGUGCAGGGCGGGCGGGCAUGCCCGGCAAGGUUGUCAUCUUCGGCAAGGCCAAGGGGCGCGGCUCGUCCCGCACUCGCGAGGUGAAGCAAAAGGUCGGCGCCGUCAUGGGGCGAAAGCGCAGGGUUUAG